CCUUUCUCAUAUCAUAUUCUUGGGCAAAUCGCUUCAUUAUCGCUCUUCUCCGUAUCGCUUGCGGUCAACGCAUUUUUUAUCUACAUCGUUUAUUCAAAAACUAGACAGGAAACCGGUGCCUAUAAAUACGUGCUCAUAUUGUUCUCAUUCUGCAACAUGCUUUUUUCAGCCUUGGAAUUGGUCUCAAAACCGAUGGCAAUAGAUCAUAUUCUUGGGCAAAUCGCUUCAUUAUCGCUCUUCUCCGUAUCGCUUGCGGUCAACGCAUUUUUUAUCUACAUCGUUUAUUCAAAAACUAGACAGGAAACCGGUGCCUAUAAAUACGUGCUCAUAUUGUUCUCAUUCUGCAACAUGCUUUUUUCAGCCUUGGAAUUGGUCUCAAAACCGGUAAGGAUAUAUCUUUAA